UAGACAGGACCCAUGCGAAUGUAAACAAACCUCUCAUUUGUUGAAAGUCAGCUCUGUAACUGAGUGAAAAUGUUUAAAUAAUCUGCUUUAGAGUAUAAGUAAUGUUACCGACAGAAUGUCAACAUUAUCACAACUUAAUUGGCUCAUAUUUUACUAUAGUUUUGUAUCUUUUUGUUAAUGGUUUUACUAGUUAAGAGUUAAAGUAGUAGCUGAGUAAUACUAACAAUGGUUGUGGAGGUAGAGAGCUUCUGUGGUGUGUACAUGCUGUACUGCACUAAUCCUAAAUAUAAAGGUCGUAUCUACAUCGGCUUCACUGUGAAUCCUGAGCGAAGGAUCGGACAACACAACGCUGGAAGACACCGAGGAGGAGCCAAGAGGACCAGUGGAAGAGGACCAUGGGAGAUGGUCCUCAUUAUACAUGGCUUUCCCUCUGAUAUUGCUGCCCUUCGGUUUGAGUGGGCGUGGCAGAACCCUCACUCCUCCAGGUGUCUUUCCCACGUCUCCCGGCGCGCCAGGAAAGAGUCCAGCCUGCAGUUCCACUGGCGCGUCGUCUCCAACAUGCUGCGGGUGGCGCCGUGGAACAGACUGCCGCUGACGGCCCGCUGGCUCAAACAGGAGUACAGGAUGGACUUUGAGCCCAGUCUGCAGCCGCCUCUGCACAUCCCCAUCGCUUUUGGGAGUGUGAGAGCCACGAAGAAGAAGCUGCCGCUGCAGUCUGUAGGGGAGGAGGAGGAAGAGGAGGAGGAGACAUCCAGGUGUUCUCUCUGUAAAGGGCGGGUCAAGGUGUCAGAAAAGCUGAGCUGUUUCCACCCGUCCUGUGGAAUGAGCAGUCAUGUGACCUGCCUCGCUAAACAUUUCCUGAAGUCGGAGCCGUCCCACCUCCUGCCAGUGGAGGGUGAAUGCCCGGCGUGUCGUCGCUCUGUGCUGUGGGGGAGUCUCAUCCGCCAUAAACACGGCUGCUCCGGAGACCUGGAGGUGAUCACACCGUCUGCGUCCCAGAGCCACUGGGCAGAUCAACUGCAGAUAUGAGAGAGUGGAGCCUGCAAACCUCAUCGUUUAUUUCCUUCUUAAAGCCCCCCCUCCAGCCAGUUUUACUUUCCUUCAAGUUCUCUCUCAAACGGAGAAUGGGGGGUGUGGUUAAUAGUCAGACGUAAUUCAUUACCACUGCAACCAGGUUGCAUCGUUUUUCAACCCAGUUUAGAUGAAUUUACUGUUCAUCAGACCACAAAUGAGACAAGAAUUAGCUCAACACAACGACCCUAUCUCACUUGCUCUCUUCUUUACCGUCUCCUCCUGGUGAGGCGGCCGUCUGGCUGCUGCUGUGCCGAGGAGCCGCACGCAGCCCACAGCACACCGCAGGACGGAUAGACAUGCUACCGAGGUCCAUCAUUUGAAAUGCCGUUUUGGAGGUACACCGCACCGGGCUGCACUGUGAUUCGUUUAGUUCUCUAACGGGGCCUUUCUCUUGUUUUCUUUUGGGCUGAAAAUUGUUGGUGGUGUCUGGACCCGUUCAAGGCCGGCAAAACCUCCAAAACGGCAUCUGCUGCUUUCCGUUAAUUUAUCUCCAGGAGGAGGAGACCGUAAAGAAGAUAGUGAGUGAGAGACACAGUCAGUGCGUUGCAUCGUAUAAUCCACUACGUUGAUUGCACCCGUUCAACGCACACACUAAUGCCAUUGUUAAAAUAAAAUGAAAUGAAACCCCUCAGUUAGCUGAUGCAACAAGUUGGACUAGCUAACUAACUAGAAAGACAAACUGACAGACAGAUAAGCAGAUUUAUCAGUUUGCUGCGGCUCAGACUCAAACGAGCAUGAGUGCUCCUGCAGCUUGGAGGAUGACCUUUGACCUGCAGCUUCUACCAUAGUCAUACGUCUUAUUCCCAUUUUACCAACAAACUUUUUUUUUCUUUUUUUUUUUUUAACUUUGAGCACAAAAUUAAGUUAUUUAUAAUUUUUUUUGGCUAAUCUGAUGGCUAAAAUAAAUAUGAAAUAUCAUGGAAAUGCCAAAAUAUACUGGAGGGGGGGCUUUAAGUAACUGUGGUGCCACAUGACACUGUCAUAGAUAGUUAUGUGUAAACUGAACAGGACCAUACAGUAACUUCAUAAAAGCUGUACAUCUCUGUCCAGUGUCCCCCCAGUGUUAUCAUUCUGAUCAUGUCUUCAGUAUCAUGUAUGUUUAAUGUAUUCACUUUUUAUUGCAUCGUGUAACAAAUAAAAUGAGAUUGUUUUGUAGC